AUGGUAGAAUUGGAACGAAGUCAGCACACAUUUAGGCAAGUCAAGGAUGCUGGAGCCAAUGGUCAUAAUGUUAGAAGAAAUCGCACCAGUCAAAUUGUGAAAAUUUAUAAUAUGCACCCACAAUUAGAUAGAGUUAGAUUUGAUCCUUGUGCAUCAUUAAUGGAUGCUUUAGAAGAAUGUCAUCGUCAAGAGUUCUUAAGAAAAGCUUUAGGAAUGUGUAAUUUCGAAAAAGAUGAGUUAUCCAAAUGUCUUCAUCACACAAGAGUUAGUGACGCUAAUGAUAGAAUCAGACAAAGUAGAUUGAAACAGAAGAAAUAUGAAGAAAGAAAAAAGAAAGAAGAAGAAGAGUUAUAUGGUAAGAAUAAUAUCUUAAAGAAGGUUAUUGAAAAAGAGGUUGAUAAGAAAUUAAAAUAA